UUAAAAUCAGUGUUACCUGAAGUGAUUUGUGUAGUAUUAAUGACAAGUGAAUCAAGACUGAGUUGACAAUGGGGGAGGGUAGUUAGUGACGAUGUGCACGAGGUGACGGCUGGACCAGCCGGUCUGGCUGCGAGGGGAACCCCCGGAAACAUUCCUCUACUAAAAAUACUGACCCAGGGCCCGGGAGAAAAAGGCAAGGAGAUCUGCAAAAUGACCAAGGGCCCUCGGAAAGUGAAGCUAGUCAUUGUAGUCAACAAUAAGAAAGAUCCACCGACGUUCAAAACGCUGACGCCGACGUCGCGUACGCAGCUGAAACAGCAGUUGAUGCGAGAGCAUGCGCAGGAGCAACUGCGCAGGGAAUCCUUACAGGCACAGCAAGCAGGCCAAUCCAAAGACAAUGAGGAGAAGAAGAAGUCCUCACCCGCGGAAGUGCCGCGCAUCGCACCUAAUGUGGAACUACCUCCACAGGUUCUUCAGGUCCGAACCGUUCUGGAAAACCCCACCAGGUAUCACGUGAUCCAGAAGCAAAAGAGCCAGGUCCGACAGUACCUCAGUGAAUCCUUCCAACCACAAACACAGGUGUCGCCGUCGCCACGCAGUGCGCCCGCGCAGUCUGCGCCGGAGCUGGGGCGCCGCGCCGCGUCCCCCGACCGCGCCUCCACCUCCUCGCUGCUCAGCCCCGGGCUCUGCUCCGUGGGCACCACCAACUCAGAGGCUGAUGAGUUCCUAGAGGACAUCCUAUCCCUGGACGGCGGCGCAGGCCCUCUCUCGUCGUCGGGUCCUCCAUCCACGGCCAGCUCGGUCGCCGGGGACUGCGCCCUGCUGUCAGAUGCCGACAUGCACGCCUUAGCGAAAGACCGGCAGAAGAAGGACAAUCAUAAUAUGAUUGAACGCCGACGCCGGUUCAACAUUAACGACCGCAUCAAGGAGUUAGGGACGCUCCUGCCGAAGACCAACGAUCCCUUCUAUGACGUCAUUCGUGACGUGCGGCCCAACAAAGGCACGAUCCUCAAGAGUAGCGUGGACUACAUCAAGUGCUUGCGAGACGAGGUCAACAGGCUCAAACAGAGCGAGCAGAGAAGAAAGCAGAUAGAGCUGCAUAAUAGGAAGCUGAUGCUGAGGAUACAGGAAUUAGAACGUCUAGCCAAACUGCACGGGCUGCCGGUGUCGAGCAGCGACAGCGGUGGAUGGGCGUCGCCGCAUACUGACGACUCCGGCGUCGACACUGCGAGCUCUGAGCCGCAUGCGUCGCCUGCGCACGCCUCCACCCCUGAGGUGAUCCUGCCCAAGACGGAGCCGGCGCCGCUGAUGGAGCUGGGCGAGCCGCCGCCCGACCUGCUGCGCGACAUGCCGCCCGGGGAGUGCCUGUCCGCGCUCGACGCAUUAGAUGGGCUGAAGCUGGGCUCGUGUUCUCCGCUCAGCCGCGACGAGGGCCUGUCGCUGGGCUGCCUGGAGCCCGACCUGUGCCUGGAGCCCGUGCCCGAUAACCUCUUCAGCCAUAAAGACAUUAAGAUGCGGCUGUCGCCCUCACCAGGGCUCCUGGGCGGCAGCGAGAGCGACGCCGUGCUCAACCUCGCGCAGAUCGAAGACCUCAUGGACGACGACUCGCACAACCCCGUCACGCAGGGUGACCCCAUGCUGUGUUCAUCCCCGACCUCCCAGCUGUGCCUCAGCGACGUGGUAGCAGACGCCGCCGACCGCUCCAUGGCCAUGCUGCACGACGAAGCGUCUUACAGCACGCACGCGCCAGGAUCUUCAUCUCUAAUGUCCGAGUCGAUGGGACUAGGAGGCAUGUCAGGGCUGGGGGAGACGUGUCUACCUUCACUCUUGCUGGGCGGCCCGCACCACCACGCGCCCCACUCUCCCCACCACCACCCGCGGCAACAUUGCUUCGACAUGGACUUAGGAGCUUAGGCAAGAAUCCAGACUCAGUCAAAAUGCCCAGUGGUGCGAAACACGCAGUAUAUUGGAACAUGAUAGUUAUACUUUUGUAUAAACCAGUUUUACUGCGUUUUCUAGAUCAAGACAGUUUUAGAAGUUCGUUACAUUUCUUUGUGUUCUGUGGAACCUGACAACGAAUUUUAACUAAUACCUGAGAAAAAAAUUGAAAUAAUUCUACGCCCAUUUCAACAGCUGACUCAAAAAAUUUAAGAUUAAUAUGCCACUUAAUUGUGGUGUCUUGUGAGAUUUUGGUGCACACAGAUGGAAUUCUUCGUGCUCUUAACUGAGUAAAAACCUAAACUUAGAACACACCUGGAUACUAUAAACACUUGAAUAAAAAAGAUCUCUACAACCUGGUUAUAAAAGACGUAUGCGUGGAUUUUUGUCGUAUGUCCAGAUCGAAUCGUAUCAUGCAAUUGAUUUCAGUACAUUUUAACUUAUAAUGAAGUUUGAGUAGAUAAUUAACAUCAAAUAUCAACUUUUUCAAACUUAUCAUUUUUAAAAUUUUUACUAUUUAAUUUAGAAAAGUACAGCAAAACUUUUUUAAUUUCAAAUUAUGUUAUUGAUUUGAUGAAUUCUUCUUGCACAAUUUUUGUUUGCCUGAAAACACUGCUAUUUCUACGACUAAUGCUUACAUUUUUCUAAUUUUUUGAAUCACAGUUAAAAAACCAAAGAUCACUUUGUCAAAAAUACUAUUUGGAAUAUUUUGAGUCCUAAUUUUAGACUUAAGUAUUUAAAAGGUCGUGAUACAUUAGUUACCAGCUCAUCUUUUAGAGAUAUGAUUAAUUUAGUUGAUUUUAUAACUUGUUUCUAAAUUUUGGCCCACUGUGCAAACAAAGGGUUGUGCUAAGAUUUUUAAGCUUUUGGAAAAAAUGUUUUGUCAAAAUCUACGUAACUAUUUUUAACGUAAAAGUAUUUAAAAAUAAACAAGAUUUUUGUUGUAUUUUACAUUUUGAUAUAAAAGCAAUUUUACAAGGAAUUUUGUAAAAUUAACGGUGCUUUACUUAUUUUCUGGAGACUAAAAUGGUGUCUAUUUUACAUAGAAUAUAUUAUUUUAUAUAUUUAUAUACAAUAUAACUGGGAUAAUAACUAGAGGACCAUAAUUACAUAAAAAUGUGAUACAAUAUAUUUUUAGAUGAUAUUUAUUGAGAUAUUUUACUAUUUUUAUGUGAAUAUCACAAAGUGCCUUGCUUUUAGCCAAUCAUCAGAUGCUUAUAUGUUAAAUUUUGUAAAUAUUUAUGAGAUUUUUAAAAAUCUUUAACACUGGUUAAGCAAUUCACGUGUGUACGUUAAGUUUUUGUGAUGAAUUUAUUAAAAAACUGUAAUUUAGAUUCAUAAUUCAGUAUUUUAUCUUUGAACUGUAUAAGAAAUGUAAGAUUAGGGUGAUUUUGUAUUACCAAAAUAUUUUGUUAAAAAAUGUUGCUUUGGCGCAGCUAAUUUUUUGAUGAAUGCAAAAAUUUAUAUUUUUGUACACCCUAUACUUAGCUUAGUGGUACUUUGUUGUUAAACAAAUCGAACAAAAGCUAUUUUAUCUAAUUUUAAGUAAAAUGCGAAUCAGUGAGCCUUAUAGUAGAUUUUAUUUUUAAUAAUAGUAGAGAGAAUCGUUAUUUUGUUACUUCUUGUGAAAGUUAAGUGUGUGUGAAUUUCGCUGGGAAAUAAAAUAACGAAAUAAAUAAUUAAAAAUGUUUACCUACAAUUUUGGACCUUCGAAACACCUGUGUUUUGUAAUUCUGUAGAUAAUAUUCUAAAUAUCGUAUUAAAAGUGAUAUUCAUGUGCCUUAAUAUGUACUUUGUAUAGUAAUAAAUAUUGUUUAUCGUGUAAAUAGAUUAUUUUGUUCAUUUUGUUCAUAUUUAGAUAAUAUUUAAGAUUUUUUUCGUUUGUCCUGUACAUUGUAGUUUAGCAAAUUUUGAAGCAUUACAUUAUAUUAUCUAGUUCUCUUUAUUCUUUAAUUAUGCAAAAAUUUGAAUUGAUAUUGAAUUUCAGUUUACUUAGAACUAUAUUUUUUGUGAAAACUUUAUUUUAUGAUGUAUUAAGCUAUUUACUUACGAUAAAACGCAAUAAUUUAUAUCUUUUAUGUGGAAUUUUGUGUCUCGAGCGAAACACAAACACAAACUUAUGUAUGAAUGUUAUUUAAUAUUGUAUGAGAUUAAAAAUGUUAAAGUACAAAA